UCCAUCAACCUCGAAUCCACGACGAAGCCAUUGCCAAUUGACCUCGCCAGCAUGCGGCCGACAGCUCGUGUGUUUGCGCGCUACCUGGAGGCUGGUACUCCCACCGGCCUCACGGGUCUCUGGACUCAUGCCACGCCCCGAUCGACGCUUCUGUACCUGUACGGAACGACCCUCAGCAAGCUCCAGAACAUCCCCGAGACGUCCAUGUACCGCCAAUCCGUCGAGGCAGUGACCAAGCACCGCAUGUCCCUCGUCGAGCAGCUGGUCCCCCCGGGCUACGAGGAGUGGGCGGUCCGCGCCAAGGAGCUCGUCAGCAAGAACUCGUCACAGUUCCGCGUCGCCAGCGGCCGAGUCGACGGCAGUGAGGCCCGGACGGUCAAGAUCGGAGACAAGGUCUUUGUGGUGGGCCGAAAGCACGAGGAGGGCGACAUCCGGCUCGAGGAGUGGAACGGAGAGGUCAACGAGGGACCCGAGUAUGAGGGCAUCCGGACAGCGGCCGAGCGAGAGGACCAGGUCGUCUGGGCGGAGCGCAAGCCCCUCGAGAACCACGAGCAGGUUGAGUGGGAGGAUGAGCCCCAGCUCACUGCUGACCAGAUCUCGGAGCUCGAGCACAAGAUUGGCGCUGGCCUCAUCGAGGAGGUCAUCCAGGUUGCCGAGGGCGAGCUCAAGCUGAUUGAGACCAUGGAGAAGACCAAGGUCUGGGAGGACCUCGAGGAGAAGCCCGUCGAGGGCCAGUGGACGUACUUUGACCGAACCAACUAA